AAUACCCGUCACGGUUGGCAACAAUGUUUUAGACAUAACCUUAUUUUAUGGUGUCGUGCCAGCAGAAAAUUUUAAAAAUUCUUGUAAUUGUUUAGACAUUUCGCAACAAUUGUGAACAAUUUUGGAAAAUAUUGCUUGAAAGCUAUAAUUCUAGAUGUAAGAGCAAAGUUUUGUAGUCAAAAUGGCUGGAGUAUUCGAUUUAGAACUGCAUGAUGUUGAAACUGUAGAAGUAGAUGAUUCAGACGAUGCAAUCGAAAUUGAAGAGGAUGAAUAUGAUCAAAAUCCUAAUAUUAAUGCAAUUGUAGAAUCCGAUGAUACAGAAACGGUUCAUCUGACUGAACAAAUUGUGAACCCGGGCCAGGAAAAAACCGGACCCCAUGACUUUGAAUUACGCAAAGUCCUGGGCAAAGGAGGUUAUGGCAAAGUAUUUCAAGUUAGAAAAAUUACGGGGAAAGAUGCCAAUACUGUCUUUGCCAUGAAGGUUCUCCGCAAGGCUUCCAUAGUUAGAAAUCAAAAAGAUACUGCCCAUACGAAAGCAGAACGAAAUAUUUUAGAAGAAGUUAAGCAUCCUUUUAUAGUGGAUUUGAUAUAUGCCUUCCAAACGGGUGGAAAAUUGUACUUAAUUUUAGAAUACCUCAGCGGGGGCGAACUUUUUAUGCAUUUAGAAAGAGAAGGAAUAUUUUUAGAGGAUACCGCUUGCUUUUAUUUAUCCGAAAUCAUUCUCGCCCUAGAACAUUUACAUGGACAAGGAAUUAUUUAUAGAGAUCUAAAGCCUGAAAAUAUUUUACUUGACGCCCACGGUCACGUUAAAUUGACAGAUUUCGGUCUGUGUAAAGAACACAUUAACGAAGGCAUAUUGACCCACACGUUUUGUGGAACUAUUGAAUAUAUGGCACCUGAAAUUUUAACUAGACAUGGCCAUGGAAAAGAGGUUGAUUGGUGGUCAUUAGGGGCAUUGAUGUACGAUAUGUUAACUGGUGCACCUCCGUUUACCGCUGAAAAUAGAAAAAAGACAAUAGAAAAAAUUCUAAAGGGAAAACUAAACCUUCCGCCUUAUUUGACCGCCGAUGCUCGUGAUUUAGUACGCAAAUUACUAAAGAGGCAGGUUCCUUCGAGAUUAGGGGCUCCUCCCGAUGAUGCAAAUGCUGUCAAACGACAUCAAUUCUUCAAACACAUCGUCUGGGAUGAUGUCCUGAGAAGAAAAUAUGAACCUCCAUUUAAACCAAGUCUUGCUAGUGAUGAUGAUGUCUCUCAGUUUGAUACCAGAUUUACAAAACAAACUCCAGUAGAUUCGCCGGACGAAUCGACUCUUAGUGAAAGUGCCAACAUGAUAUUCCAGGGCUUUACCUACAUAGCACCCUCCGUCUUGGAAGAUAUCUAUAAACCAACGAUAGUAAAAGCUCGCUCUCCCCGUAAAGGUUCCUAUCGCCCUCAUUUCGGUUUUACGCCUACUCAUCAUAGUCAUCCCAAUAACCUGGAUCCGAAUUGCAGCUACGUAGCAGGAAUGUCUUCUGCGCACGCUGCGCACUCCAAUCACGUGCCUCCACAUGCUGCACACGGACUUGCGCAUCAUCCACAUGCGCACCAUCAUAACCCGUUUGCUCCACAAGCAGUCUUUAAUAUACCAACAAAUGCAUGCGCAGACGAGAUGAUGGAAGUCGGCAGCGGACUACCUCAUGUAUAGUAUAUAUAUGAUAGAUUAGGACCGGUCUUUUUAUAUAAGAGUUGAUAGGAAGUUUUUGAUAGGUAUCGAUUCAUUAGUUCAAUUUUGUUUUUUAUGAUUAAUAUUAUUUUGACUGGAGGUGUCAAAUUUCCUAAUGAUAGAUUUAGCUUCCCUUGAUCGAUCACAUUAUAAAAUACAAUAAUUUUUGAACUGAAGUAUCGCAUGUGUCAAAAGUUGAUAUCUUUGGAAAAUAAAGACUAUAUUAUGUGUUGUUAUACAUUUAAUUUGUUGAAGUCUAGUUACAAAAGGCUCAAUUUUGUUAAAAUAGGUUUGGCAAGUGCACCUAGGUCAGUAUGGGUUGCGAAUUUAAAAUGGUUAUAAAAAAUAUGCUCAGUUUUAAAAACGUCAAUUAAUUUUUUUAUAUUCCUUAAUUGCUUGAAUUUUGUAAUAGAAUAAUCAAAUUAUUUCUGAAUGAUUUACUAAUUGGAAGUUAUAAUUCAGUACCAUGGUUGACGCAACUCAAAUAUAAGCUCUUUGGUUGUCAUGUUUUUUUUUUACCAAAAUUUAUUUCUGUAAGUGUGGCUUUGGUCAGUGGUGUUAAAAGAAGUAGGAGAAUAUUGAGAAAAAAAAAAAAUGAAUUACUGUUAUUAAUGUUUUGUUAGUCAUUGACUGUUACGAAACUCUUCUCAAUCAUUUUCAAUAACUUCCCUUAGUUUGCCGUGGUUUGCUGUCCAAAGUAUCUCUUUAUUUUUGUCACUAUGAAGCCCCAUAAAUUUUCAAUGGGGUUCAAGUCGGAACUUUGUUCGUUAUACCAAAACAUUUAUGUUGUUGAAAUUAAUAUUACUAUUCGAGCCGUAUGCUCAAGAUAAAAUUAAUUUCAUGUAAUCCAAUGAAAUAUCCUCUAAUAAAGUCGUCCCAGGAAUGCACCUCAAAAAUAUUGACAAUAUCAUUUUAAAGUCAGUUACUUUAAAAUGUAUAAUAUACGUCUGAAUUGUCAAUACAUAUGUAUUAAAACAACAAAAUAACAAAACAAAAUAAUUUGUUUAACUUGUAUUUUGAGACGAUUUCCGAAAUGGAAAUCGAAACGUCAAAAUAAAUGUGUUUUUAACUGUGAUUAAAAAGUAUCAAAAAUGUCAUAAAUGCUUCAGAUUUACAAUAACAUCACUUUUUUAAGAUAAUCGCCCAUUUGACAGCACAUUUACAUCCAAAGGCAGUAUCGUUAAAGCUUAUCCACACCCAAACAUUGACGAACAAGCUUCCCAUUUCAGUUUUGAGGAUGACAAACUUAAACGAUCGAAACGUCUUUUCAUAAUAAAAUAAAUACCACGUUGUUCCAAAAUUCCUUACCGUGAAUCAAAAAUAAUUUGAAUUUGAGCUGUUCUGAGUGAAACUGGGAAUCAUGUUUCUUUUAGUGUUUUCACAGCAGUUUCAAAAGAAUUUUGACGGAAACAUUCUGCUAGAAUAUUGUCUGAUAUAGUUCUUCCACUCAACUUUUCCAAUGCGUCACGAUUCAUUUUCAAAAGUUGAAUCAAUCAAUAAAGUGAAAUGUAUGUAGUAUUGAUACGUACUGUCAGAGUGUCAGUGGUAAUAUGUAAUUAGAAAAUGGCUAUUAUCCCGUGAACGUAUUUUAUAAAGUUGAUUUAUUGAAGUGUUUAAUCUUUUUUCACUAUUGAGGAGAUUGAUGGACUCGACAUUAAACAGCUUAAACACCAUACAGACUACGAAUGCAAAGAUAAAUAUAGAACGGUAAUAAAUAAAUAAAAAAAAAAGUCACAAGAAAGUUACUAUUGUUAAGAAGAUUUAAUAUUACCUAAGGUUGAGAAAUACAAAACUAUCGAGUGAAUUACAUAAAAAACAAUUAAUAUUUUUAAUAUAUCAAACCUUUGCGGAAGCCGUGAUACAAAAAUGCAAAUUUUUCACAAAUUGAGUUAUUAACAAUACAUUACUAAGCACACUGACUUAAACCGGUUUUCGCCCGAUCACCGUAGUAAAGAAGCGCUUGUGCGUUGGAUGGGUAUCCGCUUGGGAAACACCUCAUGUUUGUUGCCUUACCUACUUUUUUUAAUUUUUGGUAUUAUUAAGGAAAUGUUUUGGAAAGUAAUAAGUAUUAAAAUUAGUUUAAUAUUUUAAAUAAAAUACAAAUAAACUGUUUAAAAUAUAUUUAUUUCGUUGAAAUCAUAUAAUCGAAGUAUAACUUCUUACGUGCGAAGCACACACACUACACACUUUUUUCCCAUACAAUGCCCAGACCCAGGGCCGCCCAGAGCCAGGCCGGGCCCCGGGGAUGAGACCCAGCCGGGCCCCGGGGAUGAGACCCGGCCGGGCCCCGGGGAUGAGACCCGGCCGGCCCCCCCCCCCAAACCCAGUUGAACGAAAAUUCCCAAAAAUCUCAUAAACUGGGAUAUGUAAUAGUGAACACUCAUGCUAUUGACACAGGAAGGAAGAAAAUUAAAACAGUUUUAACAAUUAAACUUUGUUUUUAAUUAUUUACAAUAGAACUGUUAGUUACAACAUAACUUUUCUUGCUUUCAUAUCCGCAAAGUUUUGGAUCACGUGGUCGAAAUCAAGAGUUUUUGCAAGUUUCGACUCUAUGCUUAACAGUCCCAAAUCAGAUAAUCGUUGUUGACCCAUAGUAGAUCUUAGACAAUUCUUAAUUCGGCUCAAAACACUAAAUGAUCUCUCGGCCUAAGCAACGGAUACUGGUAGGCAACGGAAUAUGCGAAGGGCAAUGCACACAUUGGGGAAAAGAUUUGUCACAUUAAGGGACACGAGCUUGUUCAAAAGUUUUGCAUUUCUUGCAUAUUGCCUUUUCCAAAUGCAUAAUAUUCCUUAUAAUAAUUUCAUAAUUAAAACCGCAAGCAAAUUCAAUCUGUUGUAAAAUAUUUUAAUAAAAGGAAUUUUUUUAAAUUUGCUAACGGCCGGGCCCGGGCCCCCUUGGGCCCCGGGCCCCGGGGAUUUUGCCCCCCCUGCCCCCCCCCUCUGGUCGGGCCUGCCCAGACCACGAGAGUUUCAAGUUUUUAAUACAUUUAAGAAAUUGCAACUUAUUCAGUAAUUUGAUAAUUUAAAUAAAACAAGUAUGUUGUAUCGGGAAGUAGUAACUACAUUUUUGUUCAAAUUAUAUAUAUCCAUGUCUAACCAUUUGUAGAUUUGUAUUUACCAUUGAUCUACGUGCUUCAGCCAAAAACGUUUUAAAAACGAUAAUUGUUUUCCUUUGGGUCACACCUAAAUGGACUUAUUGGACAUUAUGUUUACAAUUAGUAAAAAAUAUUUACUAUAAAAUUUAGUAGUAGCAAAACCUAUAGGCUAUUGAUUAUGUUCAAAAUAAGAGGGUUAAAAGGAACUACAAUGUUCAAGGGGUUUUAUUGUUUCAUAUAGUCAAUGGACCUCUAAAUAUGAAAAAACCGCGGAGUGCGACCAUUUAAAAAGGUGCGUUUUUGAAAAAAGGGUGAAUUAACCCCUAUGCACUUUUUCUACAUACACAGCUAUAUAAAAAUUGUUGCAAAUUAAAUUUACUAUCGAAAUCACCUUUUAAAGUAAAAAAUAUUUUUUUUAUAAAAAUAUAUUAAAAAAAGCAAAAAAAACACGGAAGAAUGUUGUUUUUUGCUCCAUAACUUUUUCCCACGGGGACCUAGGUAUAGGCUAUGCUCGCCAGAAAAAAAACUUCCGUUCUUCCUCUUUAAAGUGACGUAUGGUAGAAGUCUUUAGGAUUUAUAGUUCCCAAAAUAUGAUUUUUUAAAGUUCGCCACUCGCAGCAUUUUUGGGCUAUUUUCCUUAUUAUUUCACAAACAUUGUUCUGUAACUUUUUUCUACGCAGAUUUAGGUAUAUGCAAUGGUACAUUUAAUAUGAAGAGAAGUCAGUUACCUUUAAAAUGAACAAUUGUAGAAGGUUGUGCGACUAUUUUUAAGCAGGAUGGUUUUUCAAAGUUGUUUUAUACUUCUAACGAUUUUUGAUAUUUUUUACGAUUGUUUUUAAAUUUAUAUUUUUUCUUGAACAUUUAGAAAUAUUGCGAAAUAAAAAAGAAAGCUUAUUUUCUUUACUUUAAAACAGUGUAUUGUAAAAAAUUCUACGACUAUUUUUAAACAAGAUAUCGGUAGGAUAUCCUAGGGUAUCCAUAAUUUGAGAAAAAUUUUGAAAUUUUUUUUAAUUAAAAGAAUAUAAUUGCAUAUUAGAACAUACUUUUUAAUUCCAAAUAUCUUUUCUAAUAGGUAACACUUUUCGAUAUUGUGAAAUAUAAAGGUAAAUACUUUACUCUUGGUCAAAAUUCAUAUUUUUUAAAAUACCUCGUAUACUAUUGAUCAAAUUUGAUAUCUGAUGAGUGCAUAUUAUGUUUUAGACUAUGCAGAGCAUUUUAUAAAGAAUUUUUUUUUCAUAAAAUUAAUAAUAAAAAAAGUUUUCCAUAUUUAUGAUUAUAACUUAGUGGGAUAUAUUGUAUGUGUACAUGUCAUACUUCGAAAAAGCAUACAAUCCGACAAGCCAGAGGUGGCGCGUGACCUUGAGCGAUAAUACACAGUGACAAAUGUAGAAUACGAGAAGGUCAGCCGCCAGUUCUCGCUUGUCGCAUUGUAUUUUAUUUAAAAAUAUGUAGUCCUAGAAUUUUUUACAAUACACCAUUAUAAGGUAAACAAAAUAAGCUUUCUUUUUUAUUCAGCAAUGUAUAUACCUAAAGGUGCCAGAAAAAAAGUUAUAACGAGAAAUUUAAACAAUUAUCGUAAAAAAUAUCAAAAAUCGUUAAAAGUAUAAAACUUUCAAGAACUGCAACUUGCUUAAAAACAGUGGUACAACCUUAUACAAUAGCAAUAGACCAUCUUAAAGGUAAUCGAUUCCUCUUCCUAUUAAAUAUAAAUUAAAUUGCAUAUACCUAAAGCUACGUAGAAAAAAGUUACAGAACAAUGUUUGCGAAAUAAUAAGGAAAAUGGCCCAAAAAUUCUGUGAGUGGCGAAUUUGAAAAUAUUUCGGAAACUAUAAAUCCUAAAGACUUUUACCAAACGUCAUUUUAAAGAGGAAGGAUGGACGUUUUUUUUUGUGAAGCAAUGUCUAUACCUAUAUCCUCGUGGAAAAAAGUUAUGGGGCUUUCUUUCGUGUUUUUUUUUGCUUUUUUUAUAUUGUUACUUUAAAAGAUGAUAUUUCGAUAGUAAAUUUAAUUUAGAACAGUUUUUCUGUAGGCGUGUAUGUACGAAAAGUGCAUAGAACUCACCCUAUUGACCUUAGUGUAUAGGGGUUAAUUUACCCCUUUCUCAAAAACGUACCCCUUUAAAUGGUAACACUCCGCGGUUUUUUCAUAUUUAGAGGUCCAUUGACCAUAAGAAACAAUAAAACCUCUUAAACAUUGUAUGUACAGUAGAACCCCGCAAAUCCGAACCCCGCAAAUCCGUACUUUCGGCAAAUCCGAACCAACGGAAAGUGAAAAAAAAAAUUUAAAAAUUCAAAAUAAAAAUUUAAAAACAUGUUUAUUAUGUGAGAAAAUAAUUACGUAAGAUGCUAGCUACUACAGUAUUAAACACUGGAACACUAAUGGGUGAAUAAAAGCGUCGAGUUAGACUAAACACAAUCAAUAAAGGAAUGUGCAUAAUACACAUUUUCCAUGGUAUACUAUGAACGAAAACAUUGAAAAAGAUAAGAAACAUGAGAAACAUAGUGUAAUCAAUAUCCAGAUUACAAAUUAAAUGAAUCAUUUACAUGGCCGAAUUCCCAUGUCCCGUGACGAAACAAAACUACUGACGUUAGCGAUUUAAUAUUUCAGUGAUCUAAAUAUUUUUCAGCUUUAGAAUAUUGGAAGCAUAAACGUGCGGAUAGAGUUUCAUAAAGGGAUCGGUGGCAGUCCAAAUCUUUUAAAAAUCAUCUUCGUUAGCUUCUUAGGCUAACUUUCGGAUAAUCCGAACAGGCUGUCCCCCCAAUUAGUUCGGAUUUGCGGGGUUCUACUGUAGUUACUUUGUAAAGUAUAUAAUCAAUAGCCUACUAAUUCAUUUCUUUCAAAUUUUCAAAUCACGAGGCGCAAUCCAACAUUUUGAAAAUUUGACACGGACAUGUUUGAUUGAUUUGUUACUCUGUUACCAUUUAUUUUAAUUUACUAUUUAUAUUUUUUUUUACUUGUGCUUACAACAAUAUUUCGCAUUUGUUAUAGUCAUGUCCAUUUUUGUGGAAGCAUUUUGGUGUGUGUACUGCUCAAAUGUGGUAAUAUCUGCUGUAUAUUACCAGAGAUGUGGUAUACCCAUUAAAAAUUGACAGUUGACAUAAUAAAAACUAUUCAGGGUUGGCAAAAUCGGGUGGAAAAACAUUAAGUUUUAAAUUUUUCUGUGGUAAUUAAACUAACUGGAACAUUGAAAUCAAAAUAUUACUGUUAUACUUUAUUAGGAGAGUGGGAGAGAAAAAAGUGCUAUUAGAAGCUUCUACGUUACAAACUAUACUUUUUUCCAAUAAGCGAUGCAGGUCAUCUAAAUAGUUAUACAGGGUGUUUCAUUGGGAAACGGAGAUACUUGAAUGGGCAAUAGAGGUCACUGAGUCGGUUCUAGAUAUACCACAUUUAUUGCCUCACCGAGUUUUAUCGAUUUUGCCGAUUUAUUUCUGGACCCAUAACUUUAGAACCACCUUGUAUAUUUUUUUGAUAUUUGGUACAUAUAUGUCUCAAUUACAACACAACCCAUCCAACUACUAAUCACAAGAAAAAUCCAGGUCCGGACUAAAACAAUUAUAAAUUCAUUGUAACCUUGAAACAACACCCUGUAUAUUGAAAUUUUUAAAAUCCGUUUGAACAUUUAAAAAGAGCACAAAAAACUAAGUUUAAUGGUUCGCUUCCAUUUUUUGCGCAGACAAUUUAAUGAUUUUAAUUUUUAAAUAAUGCCGAAAUUUUUAAGAACUCUAAGAACAAAAAUUUUGAUAUAAUUGCAAAAGUAAUUACAUUAAAUUUUCUGCGCAAAAAAUUAAAGCGAGCCAUUAAUUUUAGUUUUUUGUGCUCUUUUCAAAUGUUUAAACGUAUUUUGAAAAUUUCAAUAUACAGGGUGUUUUUUUAAGGUGACUAUUACAUUAUAUUUUUUUGUUCAACCGGACCUGGAUUUUUCAUGUGAUUAUACUAAAUUUACAAUCAAGAUGCAGUAGAAAUAAACAAACCAAGACACGUUAAAUGCCACUAAUAGGAGCAUUCCCGAAUCUUCAUUUACAAUGUAUAUACAUUGUAAAUCCCAAAUCAUGAGUUUAUACCUACAUUGUAAAUGAUGAUUCGGAAGUGCUCAGUGCUCUUAGUAGCAUUUAACGUGUCUUGGUUUGUUUAUUUCUACUGCAUCUUGAUUGUAAAUUUAGUAUAGUAAAUGGGUCAUUCCAAUGUAGUAAAUCAUUACCUACUGAUUACGUUUAAAAUGAGUAUUUAGUCAUUAACUUAUAUUUAGUAAUUAACAUUAUUAAAAGUUAUUAAUACCUGCUUUUUAAUCUCAGAGUUAUAAAAAAUUUAAAUAGAUUUAAUUUCAAAAUUUAAGUUAUUAAAUUUUCUGCGCAAAAAUAAGCGAACCUAUAAACUCAGUUUUUGUGCUCUUUUCAAAUUUGUAAACGGUGUUUUAAAAUUUCAAUAUACAGGGUGUUGCUUCAAGGUCACAAUUCCUUUAUGCUUUUUUGUUAAUCCGGACCUGGAUUUUUCUUGUGAUUAGUAAAUGGGUCGUUCUAGUGUAGUAAAUAAGUAUUGCUUACUUUUAAAAUGAGUACCUAUUUGUUCAUUAACUUUAAUAAUUUAUUAUCAAAAGUUAAUAAUACCUGCUUUUUAAACUAAAGAGUUCUUAAAAACUUCGAUAUUAUUUCAAAAUAAAAGUCAUUAAAUUGUCUGGCCGAAAAAUUUAAGCGAACCAUUAAACUUAGUUUUUUGUGCUCUUUUCAAAUAUGCAAACGGAUUUUAAAAAUUUCAAUAUACACGGUAUUGUUUCAAGGUCAGAAAGAAUUUAUAAUCUUUUUUAGUCCGGACCUGCAUUUUCUUGUGAUUAGUAGUUCGAUGGUUUGUGUUUGAAAUGAGACAUGUGUACCAAAUAUCAAAAAAAUAUACAGGGUGGUUCUAAAGUUAUGGGUCCAGAAAAAAAUGGGCAAAAUCGAUAAAACACCCUGUAACUCGGUUAUAAAAAUAGGUAAGGCAAUAAAUGUGGUAUAUCUAGAACCGCCUCAGUGACAUCUAUUCACCAUUCAAGUAUUUCCGUUUCCCAAUGAAACACCCUGUAUUAAAAUGUUUUUAGCAUACCAUCUAGAUUUGUAGAUUAUAGAUCAAGAUAUGGUUUAGCAUCGGAGACCUUUGUAUACUGUGACGUGCAACGUCUUUUAUGUGUAUCAUAUAUCAAGUUAUUCCAUUGUUCCGUAGUUUCUAGAUGGCCGAAGAUGAUUUGUUUAUUCAUAGUCCAUUUGUGCCCAACUAAAAGUUAGGAAAUGAAUGGUCACUCCCAGCAGAGCACCGCAUUCUGGGUGAAUAAUAAUUAAACCUACUUAAUCCAAUGUUUUAUACAAAGGCAAAAAUAAUAAAAUAUUUACACUCACAAAAUGUUUACUGUAUUAAGGCGCCCAGUUUUAAUGUCUACAAAAUUUACACACCAUCACGGUGCUAUAGCCUUGGGCCACAAUCAUCUCGAGCAUUCUGUGCCAUUCUGUUUUGUCACUUGUUUUUCAGUUGGCAGCAGAUUGGCGUUUAUUUUUCGGUCCGUAAAUUAUGGAUCCAACGGGAAACCAACUUCGUAACACCCAGUUCUUCAUGUAGGAUCUUUUGGAUCGAGGUCUUUGAAAUGCUCAAAAAUGCCCCUAUCUUCCGGUAUGUUACACGGCGGUCAUUCUUAAUUAACUGACGUUUUGGGUGGACCUGCCCUGGAUUCGUCGCUGAGACUGGAGCGAUCACGUUGAAAUUCGUAAUACCAGUGGAAAAUAGUUGCUUGGUGUGAUGCUUUAUUCCCAAAGACAGAAACCAUUUUAGCAAAACAUUGCUGUUGGGAUAAUCCUCUCCGAAAAUUGUAAAAAAUUAUUGCUCGAAAAUGUUCUCGGCUAAGAUCCAUUUUUCGACCGACUUGUUUAUUUGAAAAAUUCACAAAGAUUUUAUUGGUGGCGCCCUCUAAGCGGCUAUAUGCAAAACUAAAUAGGCAAAAGACUCGUAUAUGCACAACGGUUGUUUAGAACUGAAUUAAGUAAAUUAAGAGAUCUUUUUGAAAGUUCUUGAGGAGAAAUCAGAAAAUAAGAGCAAAUAAUGAUGUGAAUGUCAAAAGUUAAAAUGAAAAUAUUUUUAAAUGAUAUGAAAAUAUGAAAGUAUUUAUAAACAAUUAGGACAAUACAAAACACAAACAAUUGAACUCUGAAGUUGUUUAAAUUCAACGAUGUUUCAUCAAACCUGUCAAUGUCAUCAACUCCAUCAAGGACUGCGCCGACUUUAUAGUUUUUUUGCUUAUUUCACUUAUCUAUUUCCCAUGGAAAAAAAUUCUAUUUGGUUCCAUUUAGAAACCAAUUACAAAGGACCCCGCACAAACCUUAUGGAAAAUAGGUCCCAUUGGAUUUCGUUCAUACUUUGGGAAAAUACUCUUUGAAGCAUCCUGAUAAAAAGUUCUCAUGGGCACAACUCAAUCGUAUGAAGGAUUUUCAAGAUAUAGAGGUCCAAACUCGGAAAAUUAUACGAUUUACGGGGUAUUCCAAUUCCGUGAGUUACUGGUUAUUUGGCAACAUGUAGAAGUUUCGAUCAAGGAAAAGUACUCGUAGUCUAGGAUUUUUUUCUGGCUAUCCAAUGGCAACCUUUACUUUGACCUUGACCUUCAACGGACGUCAUCUUCUAGAGUUUCGAGGGUUUUCGGCAUUCAAUUGAUAUAAACAGAUUACUCAUGAGUUUUUGGGAUCGCUAAACACGAAUAUGCCAUCAGAAUUGCCCUCCGGAUGACGUGGUGGCCAGGACAUCUGCAAGGGACGUCAUCUUCUAGUUUCGAUGGUUUUCGGCAUUUAAUUGAUGCAAAUGAAUUACUGGAGGAUUUUUUGAGGUCGCUAAACACGAAUAUACCACCAGAACCGACUUCCGGAGCACCUGAUUUCCAAGGUCAAUGAAAGGGGCUCCUGGAGUUUCGAGGGUCUAUGGUACUACAUUAAUGUAAACGGAUUAGGUAUAGGUUUUUGGGGUUGCUGAACACGAAUACGUGAUCAGCACAGACACAGGAGCACCUGGUGCUUAAGACAGGUUAUCUUCUGGAGUUUCGGAGGAAUCAAAUGGAUUACUCUGAGGUUUUUGGGGUUGCUGAACAUGCAUACACUAUCAGAUCCGACCCACGAAUCACAUUGUGCUAUUCGUGUUCAGCAACCCCAAAAACCUAUAAUUAAUCCGUUUGCAUCAAUGUAGUACCAAAAGCCCUCGAAACUCCAGGAACCCCUUUCAUUGACCUUGGAAACCAGGUGCUCCGGGAGUCGGUUCUGGUGGCAUAUUCGUGUUUAGCGACCUCAAAAAACCCUCCAGUAAUUCAUUUGCAUCGAUUAAAUGCCGAAAACCAUCGAAACUCUAGAAGAUGACGUCCCUUGCAGUGGCCCUGGCCACCACGUCAUCCCGAGGGCAAUUCUGAUGGCAUAUUCGUAUUUUGCGAUCCCAAAAACCCAUGAGUAAUCUGUUUAUAUCAAUUUAAUGCCUAAAAUCUUCGAAACUCUAGAAGAUGACGUCCGUUGAAAGCCAAGGUCAAAGUAAAGGUCGCCAUUGGAUAGCCAGAAAAAAUCCUAGACUACUAGUACUUUUUCUUGAUCGAAACUUCUACAUGUUGCCAAAUAACCAGUAACUCACGGAAUUGGAAUACCCCGUAAAUCUUAUAAUUUUCCGAGUUUGGACCUCUAUAUCUUGAAAAUCCUUCAUACGAUUGAGUUGUGCCCAUGAGAACUUUUUAUCAGGAUGCUUCAAAGAGUAUUUUCCCAAAGUAUGAACGAAAUCCACUGGGACCUAUUUUCCAUAAGGUUUGUGCGAGGUCCUUUACAGGACUAAACGAAACCAUUGUUACUGUAAUCCUAAAAAUUUUAGGAAACUGUCAUUUAUCGGGAACUUUCAAAUCGUGAAAUUAUUUAAUUCACCUGCCCAGUUUAUUGGAAUAAAAGUUGUGUUAUCAUUGAGAAAUUUCUCAUCAACGAAACUGGGUAAAUUACUAUUCUCUUUUUAAUAUUAUGGCAAAUUAUGCCCGGUAUACCCAACAACGAUUUACCGUAGCGAUGCAACUGCGCAGUUCGUUUGUACAGUUUUGUUGAUGGUGUGUACAAAAAUUGGCGCAGAUUUUAGGUUGGUGCAAACGGUUGUCAGGCAGGAACAACAUUUGCUUGUGGCAUCAGAAAAGUUAAGAUUAUCACGACCGCAAUAAGAAAAUGCUGCCUACGAUAGGUUCAUUAUUAAGUACAAACCUUGUUACGGUUUUUUUUAAACCUUCACAAUUUAUUUGUAUAAUAAAGGUAAGCAACACAGGUUUCGAACUCGGGACCUCUCGAUCUCCGCUCUAACGCUCUACCACUGAGCUAAUGGGCCGGAGAUCGAGAGGUCCUGAGUUCGAAACCUGUGUUGCUUACCUUUAUUAUAUAUAAAUAAAUUGUGAAGGUUUGUCUAGUCAUUUUCUUGGUUGAAGUUGUCUUAUUUGGUUGUGCAGAGUUGACCUCCAGUUGUGGUAUGUUGUUGGGUUGUUGGUGUUAUGGCUUUGGAGAUUUUUAGGCUGAUUUGAGAGCUCCUGCACGAGAUCUCAAGGCAGCAGUAACCUGAGGUGCAACCCCUAUCUGUUGGCCACAUACCACCACAGGUAAAUAUCUUUAAAGCUAUUAUAUAUAAAUAAAUUGUGAAGGUUUAAAAAAAACCGUAACAACAUAUUGAUCCAAAUGCCAAUAGGGAGACGGUAGUAAAGAAAAUAAAUAACAGUUCAUGAACAUUUCAGCUCAUUUAGGUGAGAGUAAGACUUUCUUUUGAGAAGCCAAUCCUUACACUACACACUCACGUGAUUUUCUUCUCUUUUUGCACAGAAUAAGUCAGGCUAUCGCAAGCGCGUUAUCGUCUUCUUUCGCGGAUGACAUGUUUAAAGCCUGAGCUUCUGUAGAGAACUGACGAUCAAUGCAAAUUUUGUAGACGUAUUGACAGUCAAUGGACGUUCGAUAAACUGCACAAACGAACUGUGCAGUCACAUCGCUACGAUAAAUCGUUGAAGUGUAUUUACAAUUUAAAAUAAGUUUGUAGAUUUGAUAAUUUAUUGUUAUAUUGACUAAAUUUACGAGUGCAUAGUUUGCAGUGAGGUUAAAACAUAUUCUUGAUUAUUUUGGAUAGGCAUUUCUUUAUUCUAAUCUGAGAUUAAAAAGUCAUUUUUGUUGGACCUCUAUGCAUAGAGUGUACACUAAUAUACAGCAGUCAAUGUCAUUUGAUUAAUUUAUUAAUUAUAAUAAAAGAUUUUAUUUUGGA